AUGGACGAUUACGAUGCUCUCGAGGAUUUCGACUUCGAGCAGACGCUCGGCCCCGGCCCGCUUCCGCCGUCCGCGCCCGCCUUCAGCACCGCCGUCCCCGCUUCCGCGCCCGGCGCGGCGGCAUCCGCGGAGCCGAGCGCCGGCCCCGGCGCACCCGGCGGCGCGGGCGGCGGGAAUUUUGGCGCGAGGACCGACGGGUUCGGCGGGGGUUCGUCGCAGCAUGCGCAACCCCCAUACCAGCAGCAGCAGCAGCAGCAGCAACACCAAUUUCCGCAAAGUCAGCAGCAUCAGCAGCAACAGCAGCAGCAGCAGCUGCAGCAGCCGCAUCAGCAGCAGGCGCAUGACAUGGGAGGGGGGCACGGGGGAGGCCCGCCGCCUGCCGGUUUCCGGCGGAACUACCGGCAGACCGUUUGCCGGCAUUGGCUGCGCGGGCUGUGCAUGAAGGGCAACGACUGCGGGUUUCUGCAUCAGUACGACAAGAGCCGCAUGCCGGUCUGCCGGUACUUUGCGCGGUGGGGCGAGUGCAGGGAGGUUGACUGCGUGUACAAGCACACCAACGAAGACGUCAAGGAGUGCAACAUGUACGUUACGGCUUAUUAA